AGUUUCUUGGUGUUUGGAGGUGAAUGAUAAAUUGCCGAGUAGAGAAAAUGUUUCACCGACUUGCAUUAGUGCUCCUCGUCAGUGCAUCCCUAAUCUUUCUCACAAUUUGCGAUGCCCGGGAGACUUGCCAGGAUCCCACGUGUCCAUCCGUUGCUGAUGAUGAAGUUGAAUGGGGACUCACUCUUCUUCCGGCACCCAGCAAUUGCAACGAGUUCUUCAUCUGCAACCGAGGCAUUCCCAUAAGGAUGUUCUGUCCAGCCACUUUGGUCUUCAAUCCAGCCAUUAAUGUCUGUGACUACCAGAGAAAUGCCAAGUGCAGAGUUACCUGUGAGCCCAAGGAUGACAAUUAGACCAAGUCCGAUCAUCAACGUGUAACGAAUGUUCUUCUUAAAAAGAAAAUAUAAAAAAACUUCCACUUGAGAAAAGAUUACGCGAUAAAUUUUUUUCUUAAAAUCUCUCGUGCCAAUGGAAAAUAAAUUCAGUGUUGCAAUUCAUGUGAAUUUGUUAAGGAAGAUGUCAGUAUUCUCUUCCUCAUUUUCUGCCUUCG